GAGGAAUUGCCUCCGACACAAGCACCAAAAGAAAAGAGAGCUUCGAAGCUCCUCCUUCACAUCACAAAUCACAAUUACCAAUGCUGAUGCGUGUUUUUCUCUCUUAGGAAUCUCUCUCUCUCUCUCUCUCUUGAGUAGAUAUAUAUUUAUAAGAUUGAGGACAAUGGAUUGUGGAUUCGGCAACGCUGAGCGCAAUGGCUCGUUGCAGGGUCUGCACCAGCGAUGACGAUUUCGCCUCUCCUCGCUUUUCGCUCGAAACGCAUCGACGAUCUCUGGCUUUUCCCUUGUCUCCUCUCUCGCUCAUAAAUGGCCUUUCUCGGAAGAGUGUUUCUCUCUCCUACGAUAAGCUUCCUCAGCAGCCCCUGAAGCUCUCCAUUCUCAAACUCGACGGCUCAUCCUUCGGUGUUGAAGUUGCAAAAACAGCCACUGUUGAGGAACUUAAGCGGGCAGUGGAGGCAGUCUUCUGUCCCCUUCCACAGAAAAUUUCAUGGCAACACGUAUGGGGACGUUUCUGUUUGAGCUAUAACGGUCAGAAGUUAGUCGUAGAUACUGACUACGUUAGAGAUUAUGGUGUCAAAGAUGGUGAUCAGCUUCAUUUCAUGCGACACGUCUCAAUGAGCUAUAACAUGGUAAAAAAGCGAUCCAGGAAAGGAUUUGCUGCUUCAAAACACAAAAAGAUCUGCAACAAUGAAGAACAAAAUGACAAGGAAAACAACAAAUGCGAUACUAAAGGGAAGGGGAAGCUUCAUCAUCAUGCCGAUCAAGGUUGUUUCAUAGGACAACAUGAAAUCAGGCUGACUCAUUUGUUCGGAGAGUGGUUUUCGCACUGCAAGAUCGCAUUUCUUGGAAAAAAGAGAGUUGAAGAUCUAGCAUGUCCCGCAAGAGUCACAACUGGUUUCUUGGGAGGUUUUAAGAAGAUCAUACAACGUUGUAGUGAGAAAUGCUAUUCUCGAAAGGCUACUAUAUUGCUUUCUCACGGAAGACGCUAUCCUUGAAGGAAUAUUCAAAGAAAUAACCAAUGCUUGGAAACCACUAUUGGUAUUUGAUAAAAUAUUGGUUGAAGUGACGAAUACCUGACUUGCAUUUUGCUUUGGUUCUUGAUUCUCUGGUGCUCACAUCACAGAGAGUCUUGUUGGUAGAAGUUAAAAACUCUAGUGCUAGUGAAUAAUAUUUUAUGCUUAUCGUCUCUAUGAAAGAGCAUAUUAUUGAGUUAAUUAGUGACCCCAGUUGAAUGAUACUUAAUUUUAGUGCAUUAAUUCUUACUUCACAUGGUAGGAGUCAGAUU